AUGUCAAAGGAGCUCCCCCGCCACGAACGGCGGCCUUCAUCACCGACGGCGUACAGCAGCAGCAGCAGCGCCUCCGGCAACCCAUUUGAGCAGUGCGACAUGAGUCUCAAGAUGCUCCUCGCCUUUAUAUCCACACGAGUCCUGCGCGGCGGCCCGCGGCUCAUCGUCCAGCUUGUUCUCGCUUUUUGCGGUCUCCUCCUUUUGGGCAAGUUCUUCACAUCGCCGACAUCGACAGACACGCUAUUCGAUUCCGGCUCGAGAUGGAGCUGGUCGCCUUUUGGCAAGAGCGCGGAGGAUGCUGGAUUCGGUGGACCUGGUGGUGUCAGAGUCGUUGCUUUCGGAUCGCCCGAUAUUGCGACGCCAUCGAGUGGAAAGGGAGCUAAGGGCAAGGGCUGGACUGAGGCCCUUUGCGAAGAGCUUCGAUGCUCCUCUCACCAAUCCUUCACCCCUCCAAUUAGCCUCCCAGCACAGGCUCUGACAUCUAACCAACACUACCGCGACACCAUCGAGAAGGUCCAGCGCGAGAUCGAAGAGUACAAGGCUCCGGGCUUCAACUACGACUUCCUCCUCGAGCAGUUCCCCAUCUCUGACACCGUCGCCGACCUCUCCGCUCAGAUUGACGAGUUUCUCGCCCAGCCCCAGACCCGUAACGCAAUUCCCAAGGAGACCAUCUGGGUCUUCUCCUUCGGCACCUGGGACAUCUGGACCCUCGCCUCUCUGCCACGCGAGCUGGGCCAGGGUAUAGUAGACCUUGCCGCCCGCGCCCUCUUCGCACAAGUCGAGCGCGUUUACCAAGCCACCCUGGACAACGACUCCGUCGCCUUCUCCGACUUUUGGGCCUACCAAAACGCCUCCCUCAUCGACAAGCUGAACAACAUGGACCGUGAGGGCGGCGAUGUUGACGAGCAUGAGAUUGAAAACUUCCGUGUCGUGAUCCCGGAUCUCUUCGACGUCUCCCUCACUCCCGGCUGGCACGCCCAGCGUCCCACGCCACCGAGUCCUCACACCAAGGCUGAGCAGAUGACCAACGCCGCACACCUCACCGCGCGAUGGAACUCAGAGAUCAAGGGCCGGAUGGACGAGUGGAUGCGUACCGCGGACCCUCAACCCGAGAACCCUGAGGAGGAGAGAGGCAAAUUCGGCUACGUGCCCGCUAGCAAGCGCGCUACAGCCCACUACCGUCGCUCCCGCGCAGAGCAAGGUCUCAAGGCUGCUCCCAAGGGCGAGGCCCUCCGCGUGCCGUUCCCCCGCCGCGUGGCCGCGCAGAUUGAUACGGCUAGCUUCGUCCGCGAGGCGAUUGUCGAGAAGCAGAUGCGCGAGUACGGCCUCACGGACAGCACGGGCCGAGGCAACAGGACGGAGGACGACGCCAACGUCUUCUUCGCUGAGGCGUGGACGCCGUGUAUCUGGGCAAAGACUUCGGAGACGGCGGAGGCCGCGAGCGGAGGAUAUGCGGCGUGCGAUAAGCCAGAGGAGUACCUCUUCCACUCGCCCUUCACAUUGAGCGAGCGGGCAAUUGCGUACACGGCCAAGAUCGUGGCUGGCGAGGCGAGAAGCAGGCUCGCUUUUGUUGAUGCGGUUGACGAGAGUGCGGUCAAGGAGGGAGAGAAGGCGAUGGCGAGGGUCAAGAGAGAUGAGCCGAGGAGCGAGUUGGACCACUUCCAGCGUGUUCUGCGUCCCAACAUCGUGUCGCGCAUCGUUGAGUCUGCUUGCCCGACGUUGGACGUCUGCUAA